GACCUUCGAAGCGGUGGGACGCGUAGGCUUAGAGGAAAAUGAAACUCUGCCCUGUGUCCAAUCAGAGUCGAGAGUCUACGGAUAUACACACUGAACUCCAGUUGUGAUGAUAUUUGUCAAGUUGGGCACCGCUGUCUACUCCCGAGCUUGUUCUGCCAUUUGACUGAAAUCAAGUCGGGGAGACUACUGAGAUAAUGGCCUGUGCAGCAGCAGUGGUGGAAGAAGUACCUGAAAAACACUGCUGGGUCUGUUUUGCUUCUGAGCGAGAAGAUCUACAUGCAGAGUGGGUUAACCCAUGCAGGUGUAAAGGCUGCACAAAAUGGAUCCAUCAGUCUUGCUUGCAACGGUGGCUGGAUGAGAAGCAGAAGGGGAAUAACGGGGGACCAGUGAACUGCCCACAAUGUGGUACAGAAUACCGCAUUGUAUUCCCCAAAAUGGGACCGUUGGUCUAUUCCCUCGAGCAUGUAGACAAGGCUAUCUCCCGGGUCAGUCCAUUCGCUGCAAUGGGGGUGGUAGUCGGGACCGUGUACUGGUCGGCUGUCACCUACGGGGCUGUGACAGUCAUGCAGGUUGUGGGCCAUAAGAAGGGUCUGUUUUUGAUGGAGAGAGCGGACCCUGUGUUUUUGUUAAUGGGCCUUCCCACCAUCCCUGUCAUGCUGGUACUGGGAAAGAUGAUCCGCUGGGAGGAAUACCUACUGACUCUUUGGCACCGAUACUCUGGUCAACAGCUAAGAGGUCGCCAGAUGCAUCGCCUUCUCCUCGACAGGAACUUUAACCGGGAACACCUGUCAGUCUCUAGGACCCUCUGUGGGGCUCUGGUCUACCCCUCUAUCGCCAGCCUCGCGGGACGCUUGUUCUUCCAAAGAAUUCCCUCAAGUCUGCAGCGCACCAUUUUGGGAGGAAUAGCGUUUGUGUUGAUCAAGGGAGCGCUAAAGAUGUACUUCAAGCAGCAGCAGUUCCUGAUUCAGACCAACCGCCAAAUCCUGAACUAUCCGGAGAGCAACGGAGAGCCAGAGAGAGACGGAGAUAACGAGGGAGGAGAGGAGGACGCAGAGGACAGUGGCAAUGAAUGAGUGAAUGGUUCAAGAGUUCAUAGGGUGGAAGUAUGGACACGGACAACAUUUGAAGAAAAUGUUAAGAACUCGCAGUGACAGAAGAUAUAUAACCUCAUAUUAAAUGUACACCUGGUGUCUUGUUUUUCAUGAAAAGAGCAGGAUGUCUUAACCUUCUCUAAGAUGAAGUUUUAUAGAUGAUGACGAUGAUGAGGAAGGUGAUCCUUCAGGGUUAGCCAUAAUAAUCUUGGCCAACAUUCAAAGGCAACGUCAGGGCAACAUUUUGGCACUGGUCUUCAUUUGGUGAGGUUUGAUCGGUAAGGAUAUAACAGCAUUUAGCGCCCUAGGAUGCAACCGAUAUCUUGUAUAGUUUAUGUGUAUUUCUUCGAUAGGGGAAGAGAUCUAAGGGGGUAGGGCUGGGUGUCCAGGUGUGAAGAAACCUCAUGAAAGGGUCUCUAUUUUAUCACAAGGUACCAGUUGGUAGGCUGACCUAUUAUGCAUCUGGGUGGACAUGCCCACUUGUGAUGUCUCUAUUGGGUCGAUUUUGAAAGAGAUUGUAAUGGACAUGACACCUAUUGGUUAAAUAGGGGCCCAUGUUUGACGUUGGUGAAUGUUGAUCUUUUAAUUUAUAAGACUGUUAGAAAAGGGGCUGAGCUCUGUUUGUUUUCAGGAGCUGACCCAUGAUGCCAUCAUUGAUUAUAAUUAGAAAUACAAUAACUACCUAAAUAUGGGUAGUAUUGAUGAAUAAUCAACAUCAUAGUGCAAUUUUAUUUGAAGAAUUAUAAACUCGAAACACAUGGUAUAAAAUACUAUGUGCUCAAUAUUGACUAUUAAACUUGAAAUAUUUUAUGAACCCAUUUUAUAAACAAAAUGAGGCUGUGUACUGCAAUGUGGAUGUGGUAAACACUAAUCCUUGGCGAUUGAUUGUGUUGUAAGUAUUUUGUGUUUCACAGGGAAAUAUUUUAAAAGCAAAUCAAAAAUGUAUUUUCUUACUAAGUACAUAUAUAUUUAGUCUUCACUGUUGUGGUUUUAUUGACAAUGGUAUUGCACUAUGAUGUUUCUGAUGAAUCUAAAACUAUUUCUUAAUCCAAAAUGAAUGUUAUUUUCUAAUAUAUAAAUAAUUUUAAACGGUGCUAUAAUAUCAUAUCCUUUAGAAAGAUUGUGUCUGGCUGGCUGCUGCCACUUUUUAAAUUUAAAUUAGGAGGUAGUUUCAUGCCACAGUUGUGCAGUUUCACUUUCCAUGAGCUAGGGAUUUAUUUGAAUAAAGCUCUCGCAAACA